UCUCUCAUGCGGCGCUGCUCUCUUCUCCAGCUCGCCUUGCUGCAAUCUCCUAAAUCCAAGAUGGCUGCGGGAGGGAGCGGCGGCGGCGCUCCGUGUCUCAACGUGUCCAUCCCAGGACCGCUCGGCAACGUCCUCCCGAGCAACAGCGCCCACGCCUCGGCUACCAGCAACGGGGGAGCCGCCCCGGCGGCGGCGGCGGCGGCAGGGGGAUCCGGGCGCGCCAGUAACUUUAACCCCCAGCUGGGCCCGGUCGGAGGCAGCGGCGGCGCAGUUGCGGCUAACCCGGUGACAGUGCCCUCCAGUCCCCCCCAGCAGCCGGCGGGGGCCGGGGUAGAGGCGGCCUCGGUGCUCGUUUACCGGGAGCCCGUGUAUAACUGGCAGGCUACCAAAAGCACGGUGAAGGAGAGGUUCGCCUUCCUUUUCAACACCGAGGUGCUCAGCGACGUGCAUUUUCUGGUGGGCAAGGGGAUGGGAAUGCAGAGGAUACCCGCGCACAGGUUUGUGCUAGCGGUGGGCAGCGCUGUGUUCGAUGCAAUGUUCAACGGGGGAAUGGCGACAACGUCCACUGAGAUCGAGCUGCCAGACGUGGAGCCAGCGGCCUUCCUCGCCCUGCUCAAGUUCCUGUACUCGGACGAGGUGCAGAUCGGGCCGGAGACGGUGAUGACCACGCUGUACACGGCUAAGAAGUACGCAGUGCCGGCACUGGAGGCCCACUGCGUGGAGUUCCUGAAGAAGAACCUGAGAGCGGACAACGCCUUCAUGCUGCUCACACAGGCCCGGUUGUUCGACGAGCCCCAGCUGGCCAGCCUCUGCCUGGAGAACAUCGACAAGAACACGUCUGACGCCAUCAACGCAGAGGGCUUCACAGACAUCGACCUGGACACGCUGAUGGCGGUGCUGGAGCGGGACACGCUGGGUAUUCGGGAGGUCCGUCUCUUCACGGCGGUGAGUCGCUGGUCGGACGCAGAGUCCCAGAGGCAGCAGCUGCAGCCGAGCCCCGAGAACAAGCGUCGUGUCCUGGGCAAGGCGCUGCCCCUCAUCCGCUUCCCGCUCAUGACCAUCGAGGAGUUCGCCGCAGGUGCGGAGCGCCCGGCUCAGUCGGGUAUUCUCACGGACAGGGAGGUGGUCAGUCUCUUCCUGCACUUCACGGUGAAUCCGAAGCCACGCGUGGAGUUCAUCGACCGGCCGCGGUGCUGCCUGCGGGGGAAGGAGUGCAACAUCAACCGCUUCCAGCAGGUGGAGAGUCGCUGGGGGUACAGCGGGACGAGCGACCGCAUCCGGUUCUCGGUGAAUCGCAGGAUAUUCGUGGUCGGGUUCGGCCUGUAUGGCUCGAUCCACGGGCCCACGGACUACCAGGUCAAUAUCCAGAUCAUCCACACGGACAGUAACACGGCUCUGGGUCAGAACGACACAGGCUUCAGCUGCGACGGCACGGCCAGCACCUUCCGCGUGAUGUUCAAGGAGCCGGUCGAGAUCCUGCCCAACGUCAACUACACCGCCUGCGCCACGCUCAAGGGCCCGGACUCUCACUACGGUACGAAGGGACUGCGGAAGGUGAUCCACGAGGCCUCCACCACCGGGACCAAGACCUGCUUCACAUUCUGCUACGCGGCCGGGAACAACAACGGAACCUCGGUAGAGGAUGGGCAGAUCCCCGAGCUCAUCUUCUACACAUAGACACGGAGAGACUGGGAGGAGAAGGGCUGAGAGGAGAGAGACUGAGAGGGGCUGGGAGGAGAGAGGAGAGACACUGAGAGGGGCUGGGAGGAGAGAGGAGAGAGACUGAGAGGGGCUGGGAGGAGAGAGACUGAGAGGGGCUGGGAGGAGAGAGACUGAGAGGGGCUGAGAUACCAGAGCUCAUCUUCUACACAUAGACACGUAGAGACUGGGAGGAGGAGAGGGGCUCGGAGGAGAGAGGCUGAGAGGGGCUGAGAGGAGAGAGGAGGAAAGGGGCUGGGAGGAGUGAGGCUGGGAGGAGAGAGGAGAGACACUGAGAGGGGCUGGGAGGAGAGAGGAGAGACACUGAGAGGGGCUGGGAGGAGAGAGGAGAGACACUGAGAGGGGCUGGGAGGAGAGAGGAGAGACACUGAGAGGAUCUGGGAGGAGAGAGACUGGGGCUGGGAGGAGAGAGGAGAGAGACUGAGAGGGGCUGGGAGGAGAGGGGCUGAGAUACCAGAGCUCAUCUUCUACACACAGACACGGAGAGGCUGAGAGAAGUACAGAAAUGGUCCGGUGCAGUCUUGCUGUUCCUCAUCACUAACAUUAUAUAACAAAACAAAAAGCCCACGGCUCCCUAAGCAGCGUUCUCUCCGGAGCUCGGCUUGUACAUUCCCACGUUCACACAAAGCUUCCCAUUGCUGCUCUGGUGCAUCUCUGUCAGUUUCAAAAGAAAACUCUGAGUUAUAAAACGGAGGAAACCUGGACGCUGUGCUGUGUUUGUCUCGGGAAUGGGGGGGGGGGGUGAAGAAUCAUUCGCACUUCAUUCAAGUGAUUAAAACAACAGGAAGCUUCCUCCACUGAACUGUGUUUGGCUUGUGCACUGCUCUGCCUGCACUUGCUCUCCUAGUCAUGGUGAAAAUGCACUUUCAUCACGUGACUCGGAGGAGACACAGCGAUUGCUUUGGUGCUGUUUGUUUUGAGGUAUUCACUUAUCACUGUGUGCUCCGUGCGUCAUUAAGAAAGUGUGCGGUGGCUCAUUAAUGAGCCUCUGUAAAUGUGAAACAAACACAGCAGUUAGCUUUCAGUGAAAUACCAGCAGAGUGAACCUGGAACAGCUCAAACGGUUCUGUCCUGGGAGGGGAGUCCACGUCUGUGUUGGUAACAUCUCCUCAAUGAUUGAGCGGAUCUGGUACAGGUGCACCCCUGUAGGGGCGAGGUGGUGGAACCCCAGAGAUUAGGGAGUUAAUAUGAAGAAGCAGCAUUUCAUUUCUUUUUUUAUCAUUAAGAAUGUAUCUGCAACUUCAGUGUGGACUGAAUUCCACUUUGGUGGAAUAAAAAAAUGACUGGUAAUGUAAACCAAAUUGUAAAAUAAAAACUAUUAAUCACACGGCCACCAAAAGUACUAAAGACUAUCUUGAACGAAUGUAAAAAUAAAUGACUAAUAAUUAAUAUGAUCAAUGUGUUCAAGUGAACGUAGCGUCUGUAUUUUGCAUCUGCUUUGUGAGUUUAAGAUCUGUACAUAUACAUUAAAAAUAUAAACUAUA